AUGAGGUUAAGCUCCAUUACUUUCCUCUUCCUUGGAAUAUUUUUGCCAACUUUUAUUGACGCAUUCGAAUUCAGAUUCACAAACUUUAAUUGCAAAAGCUACAACGAAUCUUGGUUUGUUUUCCACCAAUGCCGUCUGAAGGCCGUGAGCCGAGACAAAAUUGUGUUCAACAUGAACGGCACGAUACUGCACCCGGCCUACCGUAUUAAAAUUCAUUAUCAGGUUUUAAAGAAAGAAAAUGGAUACAAGCCCUGGCUUAUAAACGGCUUUCUUGAUGCAUGCAGGUUUCUCCGGAACAAGUACGACCCUUUCUUCAGAGUCGUUUAUGGGCUUUUUCAGGACUUUUCAAACAUAAACCACACCUGUCCGUAUGUGGGAACCCAAAUCCUUAAGGAUUUUUAUCUACGAUAUGACAAGCUUCUUCUCCCUUUUCCAACUGGGGAUUACCUUCUGGCCUUACGAUGGCACUUUGAUGAAAAACUACAAUUCGAUACAAACGCAAGUGUGACCAUUGUGGAAGAUUUAUUUAAAACCAAGUCAUGA